CGAAUACCUCGGAGUGAGUGUACACCUACCGAGCCCGGGAUUGCCCAGCAGAAAGCGUGCUUUUCCGGCCCCUCACGGCCAGCGCGGAGGGCAUUCCGCGGGGGAUGCCGGUAUAGCUGGUCGAAAUGGGCAAUAAUUCCCGGCUGUGAGCUGUGUACUAUGUAUAACUGUAUACUAGCCGUCACGAUGAGCAUCCUAUCGACCGAAACCCUGAGCGGCGUUGUGAUCCCGUCGGCGUUGCUGCUUGUCGGAACGUUUGUCGCCAAGCAGGAACUGUUUCCUUACGCUGUUGCGCUGGCUGCUGUCUUCUCUGCUGUCAGACUGUCGACCAGCGGUGGCUCAUCACGCAAAGUCCUCAACCCCACCGAUUUCCAGGACUUUGUCCUCGCGCAAAAGACCAAUGUCUCGCACAAUGUCGCCGUCUACCGCUUCGCCCUGCCUCGUCCCACCGACAUCCUCGGUCUCCCCAUCGGCCAGCACAUUUCCCUGCAGGCUGAGAUCCCUGGCAACCCCAAGCCCGUGGUCCGCUCCUAUACCCCUAUCUCCUCCGACAAUGAGACUGGACACUUUGAUUUGCUGGUAAAGACCUACCCUCAGGGCAACAUCUCCAAGCAUCUGGACAACCUCAAGGUCGGCGAGACUAUGAAAGUGCGCGGCCCCAAGGGAGCCAUGGUCUACACCCCCAACAUGUCGCGUCGCAUCGGUAUGAUUGCUGGCGGAACCGGCAUUACCCCCAUGCUGCAAGUCAUCAAGGCUAUUAUCCGCAACCGUCCCCGCAAUGGAGGCAACGACACCACCGAGAUCAACCUGAUCUUUGCCAACGUCAACCCUGACGACAUUUUGCUGCAGAAGGAAUUGGACCAGCUGGCUGCCGAGGACGACAAAUUCAGCGUUUACUACGUCCUGAACAACCCGCCAGAGGGAUGGACCGGCGGUGUUGGUUUCGUCACCGGGGAUAUGAUCAAGGAACGUCUUCCGGCACCCGCUAGCGAUAUCCGCCUUUUCCUCUGUGGCCCUCCCCCCAUGAUCACGGCCAUGAAGAAGACCACCGAGGCCCUGGGUUACAACAAGGCCGGCCCCGUCAGCAAGCUCCACGACCAGGUCUUUGCUUUCUAA